AUGACAUGCCAUUGGCUGGAUGAAGACCUUAAGCGACAGUCAGUGGCAUUAACAUGUCAAAGAUUUGCGGGAACCCAUUCAUAUGAACGAAUUGCGGAGACUUUGGAGGACAUUCAUAAAAAAUACAAUUUAGAUACAACCAAAUUAUUAGCCACUGUAACUGACAAUGUUUCCAUUUUCGUUAAGCUUUUUAAGGAGUUUGAUUUAAACAUAGGUAAUAAGGAACACUCUGCUGAAGAAGACAGUGACUCUGAAGAAAAAGAAGAUGAAGUCGUGUUUAAACCUAUCAUUUUAUCAGACUCUGAGUCAACUCUCGACAGUUCUAAUUUUACACAGGAAAGAUGUGCCUCACAUACCAUAAAUCUCAUUGCAACUACCGAUUACAAAAAUUCGGUAAAUGGUUUACUGCCUUUGCGACAAAAAAACACACUAUUUUCCAAAUGUUCUAAAUUGUGGAAUAAAUGCGGACGGCCGAAAUCGGCUGAGAUAAUACAAGAAGAACUUGGACAUAAGUUAAAAGUUCCAGGAAUUACCAGAUGGAAUUCCACUUAUAACGCUCAAAGAUAA